UACUGCCAUAUUUAUAAACUUUCCGAUACUGAAACGCAUAAGUUGAACCUUAAGAGUUUGGAUAAGAAUUAUAAAUUAGAAAACAGCUUAAAUAAAAGAAUAAAAUGGUUUUAUUUGCAUUUGUCUUAUUAACGGUGGCCAUUACCAUGAUUUAUCUGUUUUUGACAUGGAAUUUUACAUACUGGAGUAUUCGUGGUAUAAAAGGGCCGAAGCCACUACCUUUAUUUGGAUCAUUUCCAGGAUUAAUUACCAAGAAACAACAUUUUGCAGACGAUAUCAACAAUAUUUAUAGAAAAUAUAAAAAUUGUGAAAGUUAUGUGGGUGUUUUUCUCCUCCGUUCUCCACUACUUAUGCUAUUAGAACCACAACUUGUACACGACGUUUUUGUGACCUCGUUUAGACAUUUCAAUUCCAAUGAUGUCGCAAAACUGAUUGACAGAAAUAAGGAUCCAUUAUUAAUGUGUAAUCCCUUUGUACUGAGCGACCGGGAAUGGCAUAUACAGCGAUCAUUAGUGUCUCCAGGUUUUACAAUCAGCCGUAUUCGCACCUCCUACUAUAUAAUGCAAUUGGUCUCUAAGGCUUGGUGUGAGUUUAUAAAACAUCAGAUGAAUAUUCAUUCAAAAGAAGGACUCAAUGGAAAAGAUAUUGCACUUCGUUUUACUUCUGAAAAUAUAGCAAAGAGUGUGCUCGGUAUUGGUGAAAAAACUUUCACCGACAAAAUUAUGAAAAAUGUAAAGAUGCUUUCCGAAAACAAUAACAUUUUUAAUAUAUAUGCCGUCAUGGCUGGUAUAUUUCCUAAAAUUAUAAACACCUUCAAAGUGAAAUUUAUUCCAAACAAAUGUGAAGACUUCUUCAUGAAGCUAAUCCAAGAGGCUUUCAGAAUUUAUUUGAAAAGGUCAGUAAAACACCGUGACUUCAUGGACCAUUUAAUGUCAUUAAAGAAAAGCCACAACCUUAGCGAUGAAAAUUUGAUUUCGCAUACAAUGACUUUCCUCAUCGAUGGACUGGAUACAUCAGCGACGGUUAUAUCUCACUGUUUAUUUUUAUUAGGUCGCUACCAAACUGUCCAAAAAAGAUUACUUAAAGAAAUCCUGAAGAAUUCUAUUAAUGGUGAAUUAUGUUUGGACAAAUUAAAUGAACUUCCUUAUUUGAAUGCAUGUAUAUAUGAGUGUAUUAGAAUUCUUCCGCCUGGUUUGUGGUCCAUUAAGAGAUGUACUGCACCUUAUACUUUUACUAAUAAAAAUGGUGAAAAAGUCUCCUUAGCCAUUGGUGACUCCGUAAUGAUUCCUAUAUAUGCAAUUCAUCAAGAUGAAAAUUACUAUUAUAAUCCAGAUCAAUUUCAUCCUGAAAGAUUUCUUACAGAAGACGGAAAUAAUUUGAAAUCACGUCGCAAUAUUGGAUCAUUUUUAGGAUUUGGCGAUGGCCCUCGAAUGUGUUUGGGAAUUAAUUUUGCAACUAUUCAAACAAAGGUUGCAAUUGCUUCAGUUGUAUGUCAAUUCAGCAUUACUUUGAAUGCGAAAACUAAACCAUUUGUUAAACUAGAUCCCAAACACUUUUUAACACAACAAGAUGGUGGUGUUUGGCUUAAUUUUUGUGAAAGAAAUUAAGUUGUAUACUUUUAGAGAGGAUCCAAUUUGGUCUAUAGUUUCUUCAGAAAUUAGAAAAAUAAUCGCCAAUUCGAAAAAGGUACCUUUCUUUAUAUAAUAAAUUGUAGCCAUAAUUACACAACAAUAUAAAUAUUCGAUA